ACCACAUAAAUAUAUUGUGUGAAUUAAACCCAACAUGUUCACAUUGUUCAGUUUGUUUUUCUCUCUUAUUUUAGAUUUCUGUUAUCUGACUCUGGAUCCCAACACGGCACAUCGUCUCCUCAUUCUGUCUGAGAAGAACAGAGCAGUGACAAACACUGAGAUAAAGCAGCGUUACUCUGAACAUCCAGAGAGAUUUGGUUACUACUGGUGUCAGGUGUUUUGUAAGGAGAGUGUGUGUGGACGCUGUUACUGGGAGGUGGAGUGGAGCGGUGAUGGUGUGUCCAUAUCAGUCUCAUAUAAAGACAUCAGAAGGAAAGGAUGGAGUAAUGAGUGUGUGUUUGGACGCAACAGUCAGUCCUGGAGUCUGUGGUGUUGUUCUUCUUCUUCUCUCUCUUUCUGGCACAACAACAUUGAGACUGAUCUCAGAGUUCCAUCAGCCUCCAGAAUAGGAGUGUAUGUGGAUCACAGUGCAGGAACUCUGUCCUUCUACAGCGUCUCUGACACGAUGAAGCUCCUCCACAGAGUCCACACCACAUUCACUCAGCCUCUAUACGCUGGGUUUGGGCCCGACUGGUCUCCUGGCUCUACAGCGAGAUUGUGUGAUCCAGAAUAAAAGUGUGUAGUGUACAGUAGGUACAUUCAGUCCGUCUCUCUUUAAGAAACUACUUUUCCCAUCAGCCCACUUCCGCGUUGACCUGCGUCACGCUGGGGCGGGAUCACCAACAUCACGUCCUCCAUGAAGGCAUAAAUAACGGAACAAACUUCUGCUCUUCCUCUUUCCGUCUCGGGACCAGCGGUCUGCAGACACAAAGAGGCUGCUCGCUCCGCGAGCAAACUCAAAAACACCUCUUUCUUGCAAGAUCCACGAUUUAGCGCGAUUUCUUUCUUACCCUUGGCCAAGGUAGACUCCAGAGUCGCACGAUUUUUAAACUCAACUUGAGUUACAACCGGUUUAUUUGUAUUAGAAGUGAUGUCACGACUGCCGCCCAAGCAGUUUAAUUCAAAGUUAUAGGAAAGCGGCUAGACCCUUUCUUUUUCUUAACUGAAGCGCUGUGUACAUUGUUCUACAAAGAUUUUCUUCCCACAAGCUACGAAGCGUCGGACCAAGAAUUCUUUGUUUCUACAGAAGUCUCUACGGGCUCCUGUGAACUCAGGCUCUCCACAUAAUUUGCUGUGCUUCACGGAGAUCUCCACAAUGGUGAAAACUCCAAAAGUCUCGGGACAUCUCAUAAUCUCGCGUAAAAGCGAAAUACGGAAGUAAGACAUGGCAUUUUUGGGCAUAAUUAAAGCUAGUCUUAGGUAUUUGCUUUUAUUGAAGUAGUGUGAAUUUAAACUCAGGAACAUUUUUUUUUUACACUGUAGACACGUAGCGUGUCGAAUUGAAUUAAUUGUUCUAUGUUCUCUCAAUUGUUUAAUAGAUAGGCUGUGCAUGCUUCUCUUUAUUCCUACUAACAUACUUAAUUCUCUUAUUAUACAUCUUGACCGCAUCAAGAUUUCAGUGGAUUCAGUAUUGUUAUAAGCUAGUGAAAUUAGCCUACGGCUAAUUCUUUUGUCCCAUUAGCCUCCAGGGCUAAGGGUAUUGUCUCAAGGGAACACGUGGCGGUCCUCCCCCCACACUCACAAACACACCUUGGUUAACUACACAGAGCUAGUCUUUUGUCUCCAACACGUGGCGGUCCUCCCCCCACACUCACACAAACCUCUUUUGUUUUAACUCCACGAGGUAGGGUCCUUGGGCCUUAGCUAGCCACACGGCUAAUUCUUUUGUCUACCUAGCAAUAUAAAGCUAAUCUCGGCCUCACCACAUGGUCAAACACACCUCAGUUAGCAUCCCACGCUAGCUUCUUUCUUUUGCUAGGCCAUAGGCCUAACCACGUGGUCAACUCCUCCCCCACAAACACACGUGGAGUUAGCUACAAGAGCUAACCCUUUUUGUAGGCCACACCCAAGGUCUCUCUCUCACACACACACAAACAUAUCUUACUAAGCACACAAAGCUAAUCUUUUGUCUUCUGCUCAGGCCAUAGGGCCUUUCACACACACACACACACACACACACACACACACACACACACACACACACAUCUCAUGAAGUAUAUAUCAUAUUUGUAUAUUCCAUCUGCUAUUAUCCAUUUUUUAUCUUUAUAAUAAAUUCAUUUAUUAUUGAAA